CUAACGCUUCUUUGCAUAUGAAGCACUCCUUGUUUGGGUCCAGUCGUUCACAUCCUAGCAAGUACGCUUGUCAGCUCUUCCUGGGUCACACUCAUCCCCCAUCCCAAAAAAUGAUUCCCAACUUCUCAAGCAGCGUAACCCUUCGACCUGCCUUAUCUUUCGGUUCAGUAUGAUCGGCAAGUCCUGCCAGCGUACAACAGAGGCUCGUGCGAAAGGAAUUAGUCAAUUGGACUGCCUUCGCUGAGGAGCGCCCGAACAACGUUCCUCUGCGGUGCGCUCAUUUGCAGGUCGCUAGCGACGAUGUCGACACCUUCCUAUCACACGCUACCGAGAGAUAGACGAUGGAGGAUAUGGUGGCCACGACGACGGCUGGAAAGCAUGGUGUGCGACAACGAGCACGGGUUUCAAGAGGUCAAAGAAGUUGGCGGACCUGUUCUUGGCCUGGCCUUGAACCUUCCCACGACCGCAGUUGGAACAGGUCCAGCCGAGCCGCCUGUCGACAGCAGGGAGCCAAGACCAACUGAGCGGUGGGCAGAACAGGUGCAUUUCAACUCGACCAACGCCUCCGAUGCGAUUGACCACGAAGAACGCCCACGGCCCUCAUUGAAGCGAUGGCCUUAUCGCGCAAAAAGCCUCUGGGCCAUGCUUCAAGGGCCAAUGUGGAACAGUGCUCUGCGCAUCAUUCUCGUUCUCGGUAUGGUGCCAAUCAUACUCGCACUAAUGCGUUCCGGCUCAUCUUCGGACUGGCAGCGGAGUAAUGGGAACUUCCCCCCGGGCGUCACAGCCUCGUCUCAAGGUGUCACUUCAGCCCAACGACAUGCUCUCGUCCCUUUUGUGACGAACCCAACAACGGCCGUGGCGACAGCACCCAUUGGCGUGUCUUUAUCAAAAACGUAUGUCCCGACGCGCAUCAUUUUGUCGCUGCUUGUCUCCCUUUAUGGGUCGAUCACCACAUUAGAAUUGCUCUCAGCGCGAGUAGGGAAUACCGGCUUCUGGAACGUGGUCGUCUUGCUCGCGGCAGGCUGCUCCUUUGGAGCAGGAGCAACAUGGCUGAUGCAUUUCAUCGCCAACAACGCACUCUAUCUCGGCAUUCCAGACCCGUUGCCGCAGGACGUUUUCCCAAUCAUCUUUCAAGAGGCAUUCAUUUUCACGGACGAUGGCGAACAAGUCCUUGGUCCGACAGGCCUCAAGAUCAUGACGCAUGACGCCGCGAUGCAGCUGCUGCAUAUGCGAGAAGACGUGCUGUUACCACUUCUUUAUGUCGGGCCAUGGUUCAUCAUCGGACUCAUCCUGACCGCCAGCGCCUCGAUGCUCUCUUUCGCCUUGAUGAGCAUCAACACUGCUCACCCUCGUUGGGAUCGAUUUUCUGGCAUGUGCCUCAAAAAGUCUGAUCGUUGGUCAGCAGCAGCCGACUUGAACCUAAGGCCAGGAAGGCGGGCCACGAAGCAAGACGAAGACCCGCUUUCUUCACUUGAUCCACGGUCGGAGCUCGAUGAAAUCCAUUCCCCUGCGCUCAGAGAGCGAUGGAAUGGGUCGAUCUCCACGCUGGUUCCUUCAUCACGGCGGGGGCGUUACGAAGAAGGGAUGAUCGAAGGAAACGAGCACGAUGCAGAGCGGCAGCCGCCGUCAAUAUGUGACACGGCUGCCACCAUGGUUCCCUCACCCAUCGUAGCUGAAAGUGAAAACGAAAGCGAAGGAACAGCUGUGUCAUGGACAGGCACCGAAGACUCUAGUUCGGCCUCAUCCGCACUAUCCCAGCGGCGUCGCAUCCUUCUUUUGACUGUGAGCGGCCUCCUGAACGGCGCUGCGAUCAACGGAAUGUUCUAUGCCGGACAAAAGUCAUUCUUCUACCUGCGAUACAAUUACAUCGCAGCAUACGUCAUCUGUGGCAUUCUUGCCUCUGAAAUUACUGUGGUUGCGGCUUUCAUCCUCCUCUUUGAAGUUCUCAAGCCACGACUCCUCGAUAACAGCUGGGCUAGGCUUCCUCUGGCUUUUGUGCUUAGUGGUGGCACGUGCCUGAUGCACUACACGGCGAGUUUUGGCACCCAAUUCUAUCUUACGACCGAUCAACUCGCCGAUAUCCUCUUGAACCCUGGUCGAUGGAGGGCUGGGAUGCUUGCCCGCGGCUUCGUCAGCGAACUGGCCGCCGGCCUUUCCGUAGGACUGGCAUUCAUCCUCAUCUGCGUCGGCUUGGUUGCACAUCGAUCGAGCAGAAAGCAGUCUCAACAUCGCAAGGCUUCGCCCCUUAUGCUUGCAGUCUUCCUUUUCAACAAGCAGGGCAACGUGCUGGUUGACAGCCAUGGGGUCGUUCCAAUGGUCCGUCUGAACAAACUGGACGCUCCUUUGAUUUCCCCGACACUGUCACCGAGCCUUCCACGCCCUGCUCAAGAUGCAUGCGCUACUCCUUCGCUCACUGCUCGCUUCAUUAUUUGGUGCCAGAGUAAAAAGACCACUAUGUCAAAUCAACCAACCCCUUCAGCUCAGGAUAUCACUUCCAUUUCCGCAUUGCAACCGGUGUUCGCGCGGUGCGUUCAUUUAACCGUCGAUUGGCGGACACAGUCCUCUCUCGGGUGCACUGGCACAAAGACACGCUCUGACUCGUUAUCGACGGCGAGGUCUUCAAAGCUCCGCCCGGCCGCUCCUGAAACUGUUGACGCACGUCUCAUUAACGAUCUCAACAAUUUUCUUCUCGGCGGUGGACUAUCCGAGUGCACAUGGCCAAAUGACGCGUGCCGAAUCCACGAAGGCCCUAUGGAACAGAGCGGGACAUCGCAAGGCUACAAAUCGGAUGUGCUUUUACGAUGUUCUCGAGGCAACAGGCGCUUUGAAGAUCUUUUCACUAAAGCGGUUGAAGAGUUGGCGGAAAAACUGUUCUGCGAUGGUAGUGAGCGAGCGGAGCUUGGUUUGCUCUUUCACUCUGUACUGGAUCUAGGUCGCGCAGAGACCGAUCCGAUGAAGAGUGGCCACCCCAACAGGCGUCGUCGAUGUUCGGGCACCCUAGGGCAAAUGAUGGUUCUCACGCGCAUCGUGGAGCCAACCACAGGACUAGAAUCUGCCUUGCAACGUGGUUUCUUCUUUGCGGAUCCAAGACCGGUGGGUCGUCGCCUGGCAGACAAGAUUGGCCUUCAGCCGGAGCCUGCUCAGUUGCUCUCUAGCAUCUCGUCGUUCGCUCUCGACAAUGGACCCUCCAAAGGACAGAUUCGCCCAGGCAGCUGCUAUCUUGGCAUCCUGAUUGCGCGGUCAUCGCUCAGAGCAGGCUUGGAGAUCUCAGUUGACCCCAUCCGCCGACACAUGCUCCCAAUGGUCGAGCUUGGCACCUUGUCCAAGGCAGACGGAAGCGAGUCAUUCGGGGCUGUCGGCACACCUGAGCAGCUUCAGACUGCGAUCACAUCGAUUGGUAGCCGCUCUCUUUUGGAGCUGCUACAGCAGAGCUCAGCGCGGACAGAAGAGUGCAGCGGAUGGGCGCCGCAGCUAGUAAGAGGAGACAAACAAUCAGCGCAGCAAUGCGAUUUUGUUCAGCAAGCGCAGCACGACAUCGAUCUCACCUCUCUCAUGUGUCGCACGGCCACGACAUGGCUGGAAGCCACUUUUGGCCCAGCUCUUGCGGCGUUUCUCGUUGCUCGCCUUGUCUUGGUUCCUACUUUGGAACCUCUUUUACUGUUAAAGCCUCAUUCUCACGAACAAGCCUACCUGCUGACGUUCAGCGCAGUCGUCUCUCCCGACGUGAACGUUCCGCGUGGUCUGACUUGGUCCUCGUAUACCCUAUUCGAGAUCUACAACUCCUCCAACCUCAGGGCCAUGCCGCCCCAAAGUCGACGAAGCUCGAGAGUUGUACCAGGUAUUACGGACCCCACCACGGGAAACAGGCCAUUCUCGCGUUUGUCACGCGUGAGCCUACUUACGCGACGUAGCUUUGACCUGGGCCGGCAUUUAGACGCUGGUCCUCCAAGGCGGAAGUCGAUCGCCACUUGUCCAGCUAUACAAGUUCAUCCGCCUGCUGAAGAGUCGAAAGUUGGAAGAAUAGUGCAGUCCAGAUUCGAAGACACUGGCGACUUCAUCUUUCGACAAUCGUUCGCAUUCAGCGCCCCUCGCCCUUCGAUGCCGGAAGAACUUAUUGCACCAGACUGCCUCGCAACGGCGUCUUCGCCGCACUCAACUCAGAGAUGUGCUCCGCUACCCCUGCAGCAGGAACUUCUGCCACCGGUCGUGAAACGGGAACCCGACAUCUCGUGGAUUAAAACAGUGUUAAGGGAAAGAUUGGGGGUACAUGGCCCAUUUUCCUUCGAGGACGCAGUGGCUAGAGUCGAUUGGACUGUAAUUUGAAUCUAUGCUGCUGCAGAGAGCGAUUGUGCCGUUUACAAUGAUUGUUGAAAUGCUACAU